AUGGCGGUUCUAUGCCCUGGGUGGUUGCUUCAGAGUCUUGCCGUGCUCCACAUAGCGGCGACCUUGUCAAACCAGGCUUUCUGGCAAGCCUUGAGCGACUGCUUCCGGGAAGGGCUGGUAGGGUCCUUGCAACCGCCCGAUCGCAUCUACAUGGGAGACGUCGUCCUGCAGAGCGCUUUCUUUCAAAGACCCUUGCUCCUGCAGAUGGGUGGUCCGAAACUGGGUGGAUUUUAA